UGUCAGUAGCGAGACAGAACUGGAGGUAGUGGCCAGUCGCGAGGUGCUUACAUCACUCCUCGUUUAUUACCAGUUUUCGUUUUUUUGCGCGGUAUAAAAGCGAACGAAAAAGUGGUGGUUUUUCCGGUAAAAAUAUUUUUUUGCGGAACCCAAAGUUUAUUUUUUUUUUUUAAUUUUUCAUAAUUUUUGUUUAUUCAUAAUUUUUAAUUGUGAGUGCAUCGAAAUGGCUGAAAGUCGCGGUUCCCUAUUAGCUAAAUCCGUACAGAAACACGCAGGAAGGGCCAAAGAGAAGCUAUUACAAAAUUUGGGAAAAGUAGAUAAAACUUUAGACGACAUAUUUGAUGAACAUCUUCAAAACUUCAACAGGCAACAAUUAGCCGCCAAUAGACUACAAAAAGAGUUCAGUAAUUACCUAAGAGCCGUUAGAAAUGUACAGGUAGCGUCAAAAUCCCUUCUAGAAGCAAUAGGAGAUACGUACGAAAGUUCUUGGUCAGGUCACGAUAAUUUAUACGUUCAAACACAAUCGGUGGAUAGUUUAUGGCAAGAUUUUUACCAUAAAUUAACCGAUCAAGUUUGUAUCCCACUGAAUACAUAUCAAAGUCAAUUUCCGGAGAUGAAAAAGAAAAUCGAUAAAAGGGGAAGGAAAUUGGUUGAUUAUGACAGUCAAAGGCAUAGUUUUCAGGCGCUUCAAUUAAAUAUGGCGAAGAAAAGGGAUGAAACAAAAAUUGCUCGGGGUAAAGAACAACUUGAAGAAGCGAAACGAACGUAUGAAAUGCUUAAUUCGGAAUUACACGACGAAUUACCUGCUUUGUACGAUUCGAGGAUUCUUUUUUUGGUUACAAAUUUACAAACAUUGUUUAACGCCGAACAAAACUUCCAUAAUGAAGCCUCAAAAGUUUUUGGAACGUUAGAAAACAUUGUUGAUAAGUUAGCAACGGAUAGUCAACGAUCUUCUUACAGUGUAAAACGAACUAAUGGUACGGCGAGCAUUUCAAGAACGACUCCAUCUUCUUUUGUUAAUAAUAUUUCAACAACGCCAACAAAAAUUAAUCCAAUUCUUUCAGCAGUACCCCCAGAAGAAUCAAUUGAAAAAACUAACGAGGAUAUUGCUCCUCCACCAUCCCCCGAGGCCGUUGAAAUUAAUGGUGGGGACCCAGGAGAUGACGAGGUUACCCCACAAUUGGAAAAGCCGGAUAAGGUACAAAAUGGUGGUAAUAAAACAACACCAACGGCUGGUGGAGAGAAAAAUGAAAGUGUCAAUAAAAAUGUUGAGGAGUUGUAUGAUAUUCCAGUUGGUGCUAGCACUGAUAAUUUACCACCAGGUGUUCUUUAUCGAGUGAAAUCUACCUAUAAAUAUAAUAGGGAAGAUGUCGAUGAGUUAUCCUUUGACGUUGGGGAGAUAAUUCAAGUUAUAGAAUAUGAUGAUCCGGAAGAACAAGAGGAAGGUUGGUUAAUGGGUAUAAAAGAGAGUAAUGGUGAAAAGGGAAUGUUCCCGGCGAAUUUUACAAGGCCCCUUUAAGACAGGCUCCGAUUUCUUUGAAAAGGAAUAUAUAAUGGGAAUAUGUUCACCGGUUGUCAUUUUAUCUAGUAGAUAGAGUAUUAUUAACACUGUAAGAUAUAAUCACUUGUGUAAAAAAAAGAGGAAGAAAAAGAAAAGCGGCUACGAAGGAGAAUAUACAUAUUUAAAAAAAUGUGCCUUAUCAAUAUAUACAUACACAGAUACAGUAUGUUUGAAGUAAUAAUCGAAUAACAUCAUUUUAUAUAGUUAAGUACUAAAUUUUCAUAUAAAAUUUUUUGCGUGUAAACAUUUUGAAUAUUAUAUUACAGGAGAAUAAUAAAAUAAUAAUAAUUAAUAAAUUAAAUAAAUGGUAGGAUUUUAAAAUGAGAUCAUUGUUGAUUAUAUUUUUCUUUUUGUUACAUUUUAUUUUAAUAUUAUAAAUGAUUGUUUUAAAUAUAUAUUGAGUUCAUGUUUAUUGAAUGUUAAUAAUUAAUUGAAUCCAGAGAAUGUAAUUUAUAUAAAACUUAUUAUUUUAACUAAUAAGAUAUGCAUUUUUUCAAUCGCGUUGUUCAAAGUGCCAAAUUUUCAACAAAAAUAAAUAAAUAAACUGUUUAUACUCUUAUCUAAGAGCGGCGAACAAAAAGAAAAUAAUAUUUUUCGACUAUAUACAACGCUCACUUGGAAUUGUAAAUAUAUAAAUAUUAAUAUUAUUAAAAAUAUUAGCAAUAAGGAGCUUCGUUACUCAAUUCCCUAAGACCAUCGUUAUUAUUACUGAGAUCUGUUUUUAACUACUUAUUCACUUGGAUUGUUUAAAAACCCCUGUUUUUUUUUUUUCUUUUGUAUUAUUGCUUCUAUAUUACACACAUACUACAUUGUGUUUUAAUGUACUAUUAACUAGUUUUAAGGAUUGAUUGUUUGAAAACUUAUUAAAUAAAUUAUUAAAUCUAACAAACAAA